CAAACCCAACAAAGAGAAGUUUUUUUUAACCUUCCGGAUUAGCAUUUAAUGUUCGCUAAUGUCCCUAAUUGGACUGUUUCCGGUCUCCGGCUGGCAGGCAGGCUGGCUCAGAAAUGUCCCCUCUAACAAUCAAGUGUUCAUAUUAGGUUACGCGUUUUGUUUGUAGGAAUGACUACAUACAGAACUAAUUAGCUAAUUGUUCUCAAAGAGCGUGUACUUGGCUAACCUUGAGUGAGUGAGUGAGUGAAUGAGUGGGUGAAUGAAUGAAUGAAUGAAUGAAUGAAUUAGUUUGCUAAGUGUCUGCUUAUGAGAGUGCUGACGAAAGACUCCCCCAGGUCUUAGUUUGAUACAUUAGAUGAAGACCCCAGCAUGGCAAAUUUAUUUGACGAGAUCUCUCAGCGGCUGGACUUCUCACUUUGUGGAAAGGACGGCGACGGCAGCACCAAUAGUAGCAGCAGCAGUAGCGACAGCAACUCUGAUGACUGCACGUCCAGGAUGCAAAGUCCCAGCAGCCCUGCAUGCAGGACACCCAGGGUGCAGCGCCAUCGGAGUCGAAACAACGCCUUAUCCUCACCUUUAUGCUGCACCAGCCCCAUACCUUAUGCCUCCUGGAAGAAGCUGAGGCUUUGUGAUUCCCCCAGCACGCCAAAGAGUCUGUUGUCCAAAUCAUCGCAGCCGUACUCCACCACUAAAUUGACUCGGCAGCCGAGGACCCUGCGCUUCACCUCGGCUGUUGCAAGCCUGAUCCAGGUGCCUUCAGUCAAUGUGAACCCGUUCACCCCCAACUCGGAGCACAGGAUCAGCGAGCAGCAGCGAUGGAUGAGCAGCCGUAGAAGUGAUACUGAUGCAGAUUACGGGCGGAGGUUCAAACACAGCCUGACAUCAUCAGAAGAGGAUGAUGAAGCCUUCCUUCCACCAAAGAGGCAAGCUGUCCAAUCCCUCAUGCUGUCGCGGUAUGAGAGUGAAUUCCUGGAGCUGGAGCGCAUUGGCGUGGGUGAGUUUGGAACCGUUUUCAAGUGUGUGAAGAGGCUGGAUGGUUGCCUGUAUGCCAUCAAGCGAUCACGACGACCCCUUGCAGGCUCUGCAAACGAGCAGCUGGCUCUGAAGGAAGUGUAUGCACAUGCAGUUCUUGGCCACCAUCCCCACGUAGUUCGCUAUUAUUCUGCAUGGGCCGAGGAAGACCAUAUGAUUAUUCAGAAUGAGUAUUGUAAUGGAGGAAGUCUCAGUCAUGUUAUCAGGAAUAAGGAAAUGCAAGGGGAGAUGUUUUCUCAAGCAGAGUUGAAAGAUUUGCUGUUGCAAGUUUCCAUGGGUUUGAAGUACAUCCACAGUUUAGGACUUGUGCACCUGGACAUCAAACCGAGUAAUAUAUUUAUUUGCCAGUGUUCUGUCUCAAGCACAGUGAGUGAGGAAGAAGAGGAUGAAGGAAACCACCCAGCAGGAGUUGUAUAUAAAAUUGGGGAUCUGGGUCAUGUGACAUCUAUCAAUAAUCCUCAAGUUGAGGAAGGGGACAGUCGCUUUUUGGCCAAGGAGAUUCUCCAUGAGGACUACACCCAUCUUCCAAUGGCAGACAUCUUUGCUUUGGGGCUUACCGUGUUGCUAGCAGCAGGGGCUCCCCCAAUGCCCCAAAAUGGAGAGGAGUGGCAUCAACUCAGAGAGGGCAACCUUCCCAUGCUUCCAAGAGAGCUCUCCGCUGCUUUCAAAGGGCUGCUUCAGUUGUUGUUGGAUCCAGACCCGAGCAAACGCCCUUCCGCCAGGGAGCUAUGCAAGCACAGCGUCUUACGGCAGGAGAGGGCUGGAAGACUGGCGGCUCAGCUACGCCGAGAGCUGAAUGUUGAAAAGUUCAGGACAGCCAUGCUUGAAAAGGAGCUCCAGGAGGCCCGCCAGGCUGCUCUUUCCCCCAAGCGUAGCCCCCUGCGUGGUUUGAACCAUCCUGGAAAGACCGGGUCACUGCCGAGGCCAGGGAGGAGGCUUGUGGGUAGAAAGACUGCACGGUCCAUGAGCUUUGGGUGUCCUGGAUAUGGAGUGUGACAGGAAGUUUGAUCCACAUACAUCUCCCAUUAAGUCUGUGCAACCAUUUUGUUGUUUUGGUAAAUAAGUGAAUGGAGUUCUUGGCAAAUACUACUAAAACUGCUUUUUUAUUUUUUUUUUAAACUGUGAAUAAACAUUUUAAACAAU